UCCUUUUUAUCCACCAUUCAUCAAAAGUAAACAUUCCGCAAACACGUGUGAAGAUAUUAGAUAAGAUGAGAUGAUUAAAACCAUUUCAAACCAUUUCUCGACCAGUCGACUUAAUUUUUGUUUCAUGAAGUCUAUAAUUGAAAUUUAAUUCAUUCGUGAUAAUCGAGAAUCGUGAUGCUAAGAAGACUAUUUUCCAGAUGUCUACUCACUCAUGCGAAUUUAAAAUACCCUGGUGGAAAAUGGAGCCGAAGAAAUACAAGUUCGCAGUCAAAAUUCAUGAUUCUGGGAAUUGAGACUAGCUGCGAUGAUACCGGCUGUGCAAUCGUGGACAGCGACGGGAACAUUCUCGGAGAGUCCCUCCAUUCCCAGCUCAAAGUUCAUCUCGACCACGGAGGAAUUGUUCCACCUGUGGCUAGUGACAUGCACAGAGGGCACAUAGACAAAGUCGUGGAAGAAGCUAUUUCAGCGGCCAAUAUUGACAUCAACGACAUCGCUGCCAUUGCAACAACCAACAGACCUGGUAUGCCUCUGUCUCUCGACAUAGGAGUAAGAAAAGGCAAGAAGAUGGCCAGGGAACACGGGCUGCCUUUUAUCCCAAUCCACCACAUGGAGGCUCAUGCCUUAACAAUUCGAAUGAUAGAAAAGGACGUUGAAUUUCCAUUUUUGGUUCUCCUGGCGUCUGGUGGCCACUGCAUUUUGGCAAUUGCACAAUCCGUCGACAAAUUUCUCCUCCUCGGCCAAACAAUAAACAAUGCUCCUGGAGAACAACUUGACAAAGCUGCUCGUAGCAUGAACUUACGUUUGAUACCAGGGCUGGAAAAUGUGUGUGGUGGUGCUGCCGUUGAAAUUAUGGCAUCAAGAGGGCUUUCCAACGCUUUCCAAUUUUCACCUAGCAUGACUGCAUAUCGAGACUGUAACUUCAGCUUUGCGGGAAUACACAUGAAUUUGAUAGGCCACAUUAAAAAAUUGAAAAAGAAACACGAACUCUCAGAGGAUGAUUUUUUGCCUGGACUGGAGGACUUGUGUGCCAGCUAUCAACAUGCCUUUACUGUUCAUAUUUGUCAAAGACUGCAACGAGCCUUCGAAUUCAUCAACAGGAAAAACCUCAUACCCGUUCGUGAUGGCCUUAGACCUUUCGUUGUUUCUGGCGGUGUGGCCAGCAACAAGUAUAUGAAAAUGGCCAUGGGGGUUGUGUGUAGCGAGUACGACUACAAGUUGUUUGCUCCUCCUCCACAUUUGUGCACAGACAAUGGUGUGAUGAUUGCCUGGAAUGGCGUCGAACGGUGGCGAACGCAGAGCGGUAUUGCAGACAAACUAGAUGAUGUUGAUUUCUACGGGAAAUGUCCUUUGGGAGUGGACAUUAGCCAAGAGGUCACUGACGAGGAUAUUAAGUGCAAGUGGAUAAAGCUGAACAACCUGAAACUGAAGUCCGAAUUUCUUUAUUGGGACUAAGGAAGAAGUCAAAAAACAGUAAGGCAUCUCCUGGAUGGCCUCAUAGCACAGUUUGCCUCCGUGCUUCUCCAGGACGUCCUCGAUCUCCUCCCUCACCCUGUCCUGGACGUCCUGGUGAUACGCUAUUUCGAAAAUGGCGAAUCCCAAUGCUGUUGAUGACGUCUCAAAGCCGUCGCCGAAGAAACCAACAGCCUGAGCCGUCAGCACGUCGUGAGUGAAAUCUAAAUUCAAUUAGAGUUGAAAACUAAAAAAUAAAAUGCAUGUCAUUGAAUAAAGACCUAAUUUUCCA